CCUCCUCUUCCUCCUCUUCCUCCUCCUCUCUUGUCUCUUCUGUGGACUGCAAAGCGAACGCAAGGCAGCUGCCUCGCUGCGUGCAAUCAUCCUCACGCCAAGUGCACGCCAAGUGGACGAGCUUCUCGUCCAUCGCCGCCUUUUCUUCGCAUUCGAGUCCAUUUUGGAGCCGCGGGGAUGUCCGUCGCGGGGCUGAAGAAGCAGUUCCACAAAGCCACGCAGAAAGUCAGCGAGAAGGUGGGCGGCGCCGAAGGAACCAAGCUUGACGAUGACUUUAAAGAAAUGGAGAAGAAAGUGGACGUGACCAGCCGAGCGGUCCUGGACAUCAUGACCAAAACCACCGAGUACCUGCAGCCCAACCCGGCCUCCAGGGCCAAGCUCAGCAUGAUCAACACCAUGUCGAAAAUCCGCGGCCAGGAGAAGGGACCCGGAUACCCGCAGGCCGAAUCUGUCCUCGGAGACGCCAUGUUGAAGUUUGGCCGGGAACUCGGGGAGGACUCCUGCUUCGGCCUGGCACUCAUUGACGCUGGUGAAGCCAUGAAAGAACUGGGUGAAGUGAAGGACGCUCUGGACAUGGAGGUGAAACAAAACUUCAUCGACCCACUGCAGAACCUACACGACAAAGACCUGAAAGAGAUCCAGCACCACCUGAAGAAGAUGGAGGGACGCCGUUUGGAUUUCGACUACAAGAAGAAGCGUCAGGGGAAGGUGCAGGACGAUGAGAUCAAACAAGCGCUGGAGAAGUUUGAUGAGAGCAAGGAGAUUGCAGAGCAGAGCAUGUUCAACCUUCUGGAGAGUGACAUUGAGCAGGUGAGCCAGUUGGCGGCGCUGGUCCAGGCCCAGUUGGAGUACCACAGUCGCACCGCUCAGAUCCUCCAGCAACUCUCCAGCAAGAUGGACGACAGGAUAAAGGAAGUGUCCAGUAAGCCCAGGAAAGAGUUUGUUCCAAAACCACGCAUGACCUUGGAGCUCCUGCCGCCCAGUGAGAGCCACAACGGUGGCAUCCACUCUGCUAAAUCCCCCGGAAGAUCACCAGCCCCGCUGGACCAGCCGUGCUGCCGGGCGCUCUACGACUUUGAGCCGGAGAACGAAGGCGAGCUGGGCUUCAAGGAGGGCGACGUCAUCACGCUGACCAAUCAGAUCGAUGACAACUGGUACGAGGGAAUGAUCCACGGUAACUCGGGCUUCUUCCCCAUCAACUACGUCGACAUCCUGGUGCCGCUCCCGCAUUAAGGCCCCGCCACCCACACGGCCGAUACCACGGUCCCCGUUUUAGCGUCCUCCUCGUCCUGUCUUCUUCUUCUUUUGCUGUGCUUUGCGCGACUGCGUUCACGUCGGAGAAGGCGAGGCUGCGGGACUGGAAGGGAGCGAACAAAUUACCACGAUGUUUGCCGGCUCGGCGCCUCACACCGUCGAGCGCCGCCGCUACCGAGUGGGCUCGUCCCACCAUGCGCGUGUGUGGAGCUUGUGUGUCGUCUCGUUUUGCGUCGUUCCCGUCAGGGCGCCGUCGCAUGGCUCUCGCCUCGUCUUCGUUUCCUCCUUACACCACUUUGGGCUGUUUGCAUGAGCUAGCCUCUUAAGUGGAGCAGCAAUGCAUCAUGGGAUCACAGCUGCUCAGCAAUAAGUUCAAAAAAAGGUCGGGGUGUUGGGCAGGAAUAUGCGGACACUUCCCAGUUGAGUGUUUUGUGUUGAGAGGCUGCUUGUUGACUUUUGAUGUGGCUUUUGCAUGCAGGAUGGACGACUUGAUCGAGUGAUUGGUGUUACACAUAUGUCACAAAGUCACCGUGGUGAGCUGUGAGUGAUUUUGCGGCAAAAGCAGCAGUAGUCGUGGCUUUGUUAAACAUGGCCAGUCGGUAGCUAUUCGCUGUAUUCAACCUUAGCAGCAAUGCAAACCACACAAGUGUAUAUUCCCCAUGGCGAGGCCACUGACUGGCGUCCGUGUGGUCGUCUUGUGUGCAUGCCGGUAUCCUUCAUGUCCACGAAAGGAAUCGAAAUAGUGUUCAGCCAAGCUAACGGCACUGUAUUCAAUGUCAACGGCGGUCACAAAUGGCUAAUAUGUUCACAUACUAAGCCAGUAUUUAACACAGUGGUGCGAAGGAAUAAAGUACAAAUUCUACCUUAUGGUACUUAAAUUGCUUUUUUAGGUAUCUUUAUUUUGUGGGGGGGAGUUUUGCCGUUGUGGUCUGUAACCUCACGCUUACCUGUUAGCUUGGGCUUCAGGAGCUUUUGGAUUCUUAAUUGAUUUUACAUUCCAAAGUAUUUAGUGUUAUUCGAACACUCUAUGAUGAAUAUGACAUGCUACCACCGUAGCAGCUUUGGCUAACGUCAGCUUGUUUACAGUGCGAGAGCUAGCUUAGUAAUGCUAGCGCCGUUUUGUUGGAAGAUUGACAGCGUUCUUUGUGACUACGUGAUACAAUUAGGCACUUUCAUAAUUGUGCAUGUCACUGUGGAGUGAGUUUGUUCAAAUCUCACAAGCGGUUUUAAAACUGCUCAUUUUAGUUGCUUUGUCCGACAGCUUUUUAAUUCUACCCCCUACAUUGAAAAUAGCUAUAGCAACAGACUUUGUACUUCUAAGUUUGUCAAAUAGGCGCAUUUCUUUUUUCAACCUCCACAUGAUGUCAAAGAUCAUCUGAUUAGUGAAUAAAGACAUUCUGAGAUUUUGACUGACUGAAAUCUCAGGGUGUUAUGAGGCAAAAAAAAAAAAGGUACAGCUAACACAUUGGAACGUAAACGGGAGCAUUAAACGACAAUGGCAGCAGAUUCAAAGAGGGAACUGUAAGAAUAAUUUAUGGCGAAUAUGUUGUGUCUUGUGCCUGCCGAAAAACCACCUGCUUCUGGCAAUUUAAAAUGUUAAUUUCAUUAAAAAAAACACACACACAAGAUAGGUGUAUUUUUUCAUUUGUUAUUGUCAGUUAAUUUAGCAUGUUUUGUAACUUGAUUCACAACAUUUGCAAAGCUAUGAGAACAUGUUAUGCUAGCAUAAAAGUCUAACUCGCUUUUUCGUAGCUUCAACGUCAAGCCAACGCCAUCUAGCUUUUCUCUUUUUGUACUGAAGGGACCCACUAAUGUAUGUACUUUUUUGUACUUAAGUGCAGCCGUUUUAUCACUACUUGUUUGUUUUUUUUGCAUUGUGCUUCCACAAUCGUACAGAUUGUGAGUAUUUUGGCCACCUUUGAUUUAGUAAAGCGCAAGGUGACAUUCUCAAGAACAAAUUACCUUGCAUAAAACACAACACAAACACUACAAAUAACAGCUGUGAGGGCAAUAAAAAUAUUCCAAUAAGCUACAUUUGUGGGAUGCAUGCUUUGCGUCAUGGUGGCCUGAUGCUCUGUUGUGUACCCCCUUGCCCCCCAUUUCGGAGAGCUUUUUUAUUUAAUUUUUUUGUCUUCGUCGAUGGCGACGUGUAUUUUGACCUCAGUGAGGGACCUGUGCGGCCUUCGUCGUCACGUCACGUCGUCGCGAAGAGUAAACAUACUUGAAGAUGUCCGCAGCGAAACUUUGCUCGUUGGACCAGGAUUGGUUUGAUCGUGUGACCUUGCUUUGCCUUGCGGCUGUAUAAAAUAGCCUCAUGCCUGCCUGGUGUCUUCUGCUGAGAUAUGCGUGUACCUUAUUUAUUGUAUUUAUUAUUUAUUUAUUCUCGUGUCUCUAUUUUUAAGAGCAUACACCUGUGGCGUACUUUAAAGACGCCGGGUAGAGGAGGUGUGGUCAAAGCUAGCCUGUACUAACUGUUGCUCUCCUCGUGUUGGAUGAUGAUGAUAUAUACAACCGGUAUAUGUAUAUCUUGCUUGUUGUGAGAAGACCUGCAAUGUAAUGACAAUAAAUGAUUAACACUA